AUGGGUGAUCUCUCGGACGGCGAGUCCGGUUUCGCGCCCAGCGGCACCCCCGGCCGCUCGCGGAACAUGGAGGCUCUCCUCAGAGCCACUCGACGGCUCCUGACCCAUGACCUGCACCCACCGGCUCUCCAGUCUGCAUCCCAGAAGGUCGGAACAGUGGGCAAAAAAAUGCGCACUGCCAAGCGCCUCCGGCCUUCACCCAGACGCACCGGCGCCCCGACCCCUGCAACAGCCCGAAAGCGCAAGCGCCGCAAAGUCGUCGCAGCCCCCCGGUAUGCUGCAUCCCCCCCAGCCACAUCACAAAGCCGCCCCAGUUUGAGAGAAGCUGAGACCACAACCGGUUCGCCACAGCACACCGAACUGGUCUCGCCUCCCCCACCCGCGCAGCACGAAGUGGCCACGCACUCCCCCCCACCCCCCCAGCAGCCUGACACAGCAGGGGACGAUGCGGCAGACGAAAAGAGCCCGCAUACAAGUACGCUCUCCAGUCCCCCCCUCUCAUCCGCUUCCACGAGCCCUUCCGUGAGCUCCUCCUCCCCCCCGCCAUCGACCGAGAACACCCCGAGCAGCGAGGACACCUCCUCUCCAGCUUGCACCCGAUCCCCUCCCCCGUCGGAUCGCGAGGCGCCCGAGCUGUCAGAGGGAGAGGAACCAGUCCAGCAAGUCCACCACGUGGCCCACGCUCUGGCAGAGGUAGAAGAACCGGCUGCUCAACCCCCCGCACAUCACGGGGCACCCAAGCUCCCGGAGGGAGAGAAACCGGAGGCGAUUGCGGCACAGCUGUCGCGGGUGGCUGGCGCGCACCGGGUCAGAGUCAACUUCCGACUCAACAUUGUCGCGGUUGAUGCUGCCACCGACGCUCCACUGGACCCGCUCCUCGCAGUCACAGAAAUAUGUGGCGUUCCGGUUCGCGCGACGACGGCCCCGGCCGACUCCUGCACGGGAUACGUCUUCGGCGUCGACCGCAACCUCAGCGAUGACACCCUGCUGGCGAACAUCGAGUCGGGUGUUGCGGUGCUUGGGUGCUUCCGUGCGGGCAGAAACAUUGUCCUCCGCUUCGCGGGCAGGAAGCUCCCUGCUGAGGUCGCACUGUUUAAGGUGCGCCGGUCCGUGCUGCCGAAGCGCCCGCGUCCUAGGCAGUGCCAUCACUGUGGCGCCUACGGCCAUGUGGCCGCGACCUGCACCUCGGAACAACGUUGCCUUCGUUGUGCGGGUGCCCACAAAACGUCCGGCUGCACGGCCAAACAAGCCACCUGCCUGAACUGCGGUGGUCCUCACGCGGCGACAGAGCCGCGCUGCCCCAGCUGGCAGCACGAAAGGAAGGUCGCCGAGACCCUCGCCUCGUCUGAACUGCCGAUAUCUCGCCGCCAAGCUACCGUCCUAGUCCGCACCACGGGACAACGCACCACACAGGGACCGCAACAACUCGCCGUCUCCCGUGUCCCGUCCCGAGUGCAACCUGGCCGGAGUUUCUCCGACGCCGCGGGCGACCGCCCGGCGAGGUUGCCCGUCGAGGGCAACACGUCGACGCCUCCGCCCCGAUCGCCCUCGGCGUCUCCCGACUCACGCGACGCCGUCAUCGCGCUGUUGACUGCCGCGCUCGCGUUCGCGACAGAGUUUUUGCCGCAGGACUGCCCCGCACGCCCACUGUGCGCGGCCGCCCUUGCCGCUCAACGAACACUGUGGAACUGCAACUCCCUGCGCCGCCGACACGCUGAGCUCGCAGAGCACCUUCCUCUGCACGACUACGAUGUCCUCGCUUUACAGGAAACGUACGCACGUGCAGAGGAGGUCUCGCUGCCGGGCUACAUCGGCUACAGCAGUGCGUCGGACUGUGCCAUGGCUGAGUGUGACGCUGCGCCGUGCUCCGAUGACGCGCAUCCGCCUGGCCGCCCCCGCGCCGCCGUCUACGUGCGCGCCGCCCUUCCUCAUGCGCGGGUCCCCACGGACCACCUGUGCUCCGCGAUGAUCGAGUGCGUGGCCGUCACUGUGCGCGUGCGCGGCACCAACACCUCGGUGGCCAGUGUUUACGUUCGCGCGGGUUCCCGUCGCGCCGACUACUCGUUCGUUGUGCGCCUCACCGCGCUGCUCUCGCCCGACACCGUCGUGUGCGGCGAUUUCAACGCCCACCACGGUGACUGGGGCAGUGCCAGGAGCAAUGCGCGGGGAGGGGACUUGUCUGCCGUCGCGGCUGCGGGCCUCACCGUCCUCAACAGUGGGGAAGCGACGUUCGUGCGCCGGGACGGAGUCGCCACAGUGAUCGAUCUGGCGCUUGUCUCGGAGCGCUGCUCUUACUCCUGGCAGCGUGCUCCGGACACCGCCGGAUCCGAUCACUACCCCAUCACCCUGUGCCCCACCAGGCCAAGUCGCGGAGCCACGCGCGUGUACGCUGUCGUGCGGUGGCCGCUUUUCCGCGCGAUGUGUGCGAGACCGUCGCGCUCCAGUGAUUACUUCGCGCACAUCGCGGAGUGCGCGGGCCGUGCCACGACACGCGUGAUCGUCCCCGCCGGCACGCCCUGCCCCGACAUCAAGUUGCUGAACGUCCGCGCGGCUCGCCGACGUGCUCAGCGACGCGCGGUCCGCUCCGGUGCCGCCGCGGACUGGACUACGUACAACCGUCUUGACGCGGUGUGCAGGCGACACGCGAGGCAGCUGCGCCGACGUAGCUGGGCGGGCCUCUGCUCGUCGCUCGCAAAACCCCGCAACCAACACCGCGGCUGGCGCGUCCUGAGUGCGCUGCUGAACCCCAGGACACCACGGUUCCCUGUGCUCGCCAUCGCUGUGGCACACGGCAUCAGUGAGCUAGCGCUCGCCGAACAGCUGGCGGACGCCUUUGCUGCUGUCGCCACCGCUCCCCUCGGUGUGCCUGCGGUCGCGCUGCGGGCGCUCUACGUGGCUGUGUUCGUGCGGGGUGGAGAUCAGUCAACCCACGCGCAGGCAAUCACAAGUCUGUGCGAGGAAGACUUCACCUUUCACGAGCUGCAGCGCGUGCUGCGCCGAGGACGGCGCCGCAGUGCGCCCGGGCAGGACGGAGUCACCCACCAAAUGCUGCGCAACCUGGACGAAGAUCAGCGACACCUCCUGCUCAACGCAUUCAACGGUGUCCUGCGCAGCGGGUGCCUCCCGGAGUCCUGGCGCUCCGCGCUCGUGGUGCCAGUGCUGAAGAGUGGCAAGCCGCCUCGCAGCCUCGCCUCGUACAGGCCCGUCUCUCUAACGUCAGUCCCUGGCAAGACGAUGGAGGCGAUGGCCUUGUCGAGGCUCCAAUGGAUUGCGGACAUCCGCGGUGUUUUUCCGCCUGAACAGUGUGGGUUCCGCACGCAUCGCUCCACGGCCGACUGCCUUGCCGCCGUUGUGGGCACGCUGGAGCAGGCGAGUCGCGACGGCCACGCAGCGUUCCUGCUGCUCUUGGACGUCCAGAGCGCGUUCGACUCCCUGCCCCACGACACCAUCAUCUCGGCUGUGCGCGCUCUUGGUGUAGAGGGCAGGCUUCUGGCGUACGUGCGGGCCUUCCUAACCGACAGGUCGUCCGUUGUUCGGGUUGGGCGGGCGACCAGCUCGCCCCGUUCAGUGACGUGCGGUGUGCCUCAGGGGAGUGUGUUGAGCCCCUUCCUGUUCAACCUCGCACUCGCGCCCAUCAGCGAGUGCGUGCUCAGCAGUGGGCACCUCCCUGUGCGUGCCGUUGUCUACGCGGACGACGUGGCGCUCUUCGUCCGUGGCCCGCCGGCGGCGAUGGCGUGGAUGCGUGUGCAGCUGCAUGCAGGCGGCGGCGGAUGCGGUCGGCGACUUCCUGCGGGCCAUUGGCCUGCGCUUGUCGGCGGCAAAGUCGGAGGCCAUCAUGGUCCAUCCGCGCGCUGCUGCCCGGUGCCACACUGGCUGCGUGGUCGUCGACGGUGUCCCCCUUCCCUGGCGGCUGACGGUGCGCUACCUCGGGCUCACCAUUGA